AUAAUAUAAACAAUGUGGAGUUUAGUCAUAAAACAUGUAAUUUACUCACCAAAGGAAACCGCAUACCGGACUAUAAAGUCUAUCGCUCCUAGAGUGAGAUUUGCGCCUAGUCCUACAGGAUAUUUACAUUUAGGAGGCUUGAGAACUGCUUUAUACAAUUACCUGUUCGCCAAAUCGGAAAAUGGAACAUUCAUAUUGAGAAUUGAAGAUACAGAUCAGUCUAGAAAAGUAGAGGGCUCUGUGCUAGCUUUGAUUAGAGACUUGGAGUGGGCAGGAGUGGAAUGCAAGGAGGGACCUAACGUUGGCGGAAAAUAUGGCCCUUAUGUGCAGAGCGAGAGAUUACCUAUUUAUCAAGACCAUAUAACAAAGCUUCUAGAUAAUGGUUCAGCAUAUCGCUGUUUCUGCACAGAACGUCGUCUGAACAUCCUCAGACGAGACGCUAUCAAGGCACAGAGAGUGCCCAAAUACGAUAACCGAUGUAGAUUUUUAAGUGAUCAAGAUAUUAAAGAUAAGAUAAAGGCUGGAACACCUUAUUGUGUUCGGUUUAAGUUAACCUCAGACUGCAUGUCAUUCGAAGACCUAAUCUAUGGAGGUAUAGCCUACGACGUUUCCCUGAACGAAGGAGACCCAGUUUUAAUGAAAAGUGAUGGUUACCCGACAUAUCAUUUCGCCAAUGUGGUUGAUGAUCAUCUUAUGAAGAUAACACAUGUUUUAAGAGGAGUUGAGUGGCAGAUAUCCACUACUAAACAUUUGCUUAUUUAUAAUGCAUUUGGUUGGGAACCUCCGCAGUUUGGUCAUCUGCCGUUAAUAGUGAAUUCUGAUGGCACGAAACUUAGCAAACGACAGAACGAUGUCAAAGUCGAAGAAUACAGAAAUAAAGGUAUACUUCCCUUGGCUUUGGUAAAUUACAUUACGUUAGCCGGAGGGGGAUUCGAUCACGUACCAGGGGAAGGAGUCCGGCUGAAGACAAUGGACGAUUUAGCUGAUGAAUUCCAGAUUGACAAAAUAUCAUCAAAUCCAUCACGUCUGAAUCCUGACCUCUUAGAAGAAUGCAAUAGAUUAGAAAUCAAACGUCAACUGAAAAACCCAGAACUAUCAGUACAAUUAGUAAGAAAACUUCAAAGUCUGAUAUUAGAGACGUAUCCAGAUCAAAAAUUCAACGUUACAGAAGAUCACGUUAAAACUGUACUUAAUUGGGCGGUAUCGAGAAUAUCAAGAUUAGAAGAAUUAGUGACAAAUAAAUUUGGUUUCCUAUGGAUUUUGCCGACAAAUGAAGAUAUCGAGUUGGAUAAAGAAUUAUUACACAAAUUGAUUAAUAAUCUACAAAGAUUAGAAACGUUUGAUGAGACCUCUAUAAAGGAUAAUUUAAAAUUGUUUUCUAAAGAGAACAAUGUGAAGUUUCCAGAGCUAAUGAAAAUGUUGAGGGCAGUUUUGAGUGGUCUCAAUGAGGGACCUGGUGUAGCUGAAAUGAUGCAUUUGCUAGGUAAAGAUCAAGCGUUGACUAGAAUAAAGUCGGUUGCACGAUGA